AUGACUUCACGCAAAAAAGACAACGGUCGCAAGAAUAAGAAGACACAAAAUGUGGAUAAGAAAAUAAAAAUACGAGAAAGGACCAUUAAAUUAUCCGAAAAAACCAAUAAAAGGCAAACCAUCGAUAAAGAUUUAAUAAAAGCAAAUCAACAACCACAUAAAAGACCUGAUAUACUUAAAAAAGGACAUAAUUUCAUCACGAACAUUUCUUCCAUGCGUAACAUUAUUGAUGAUUUAAAUGACAAAGAAGAGGCAAUUGUUGAGAAAAAAUUGAACCGAUCUCGAGCCUUUAUAUUGAAUCAUCAGCAGAAAGACAACGAAGAGCAUCAAAAUAACAUUCAGGAAAGAAAAAAAUCAUUAAUCGAAGUGAAUAAGCCAAAUACAACAUCCACGAUGAUGACACGGAAAGAAAUGAUCGAGAAGAUGAAAGCACAACUUCAAAAGAAGAAACGAGAGAAAAAGAAAUUACGAAAAGUAAAAUUGGGACAAUUGAGAUCGCAAAAACAUCUCGAAGAUUUGGUAGAUGAAAAAAAACUAAAUAUUCAAUCGAAAAAACGCGUUAGAUUUAAUUUAUAA